AUGCCUACACCAUUAUCCCCGGAAUUACACGAAGAAUUAGGCGCAUCUUGCAGAGGCCAAGUGUACCUUCGAGGUGAACCUGGGUUCGGCGAUUAUUCCACAAUUUUCAACGGUAACGUCCAAUCUCUGGCAAAGGCAGUGGUCUGUCCACUGGAUGCCGAGGACGUGAGCAAGAUUGUACGCUUUUGCGCAAAGCACUCCCUCUCGCCAUCCGUGAAAGCUGGUGGCUAUGGCACUGCGGGUUGGGCCAUAGGGGGAGACAUCAUCGUCGACUUGAGCAAACUCGUCGAAGUGGACAUUGAACCGCCCCACCCCGACGGUUCUUUCACCAGUCUUCGUGACGUCGCGUCCGCGAACAGCAAGGGCAAGAAGGCCGUCACUGGAGCACCAGAACUAUCACCUGUUAACACUGCCAAGCGGCGUCGCGAAGAUGAUGCCAAUUUACGGAUCUACGAUGCAGCAUCUCACGAAGUCGCCUCUUUCUUGCGUGGCCCUUCUCUGUCACGUCAAUCCACUUUUGACGGACCGUCUCCUAGCGUUCGCCGACGUCUUGAUACCGGACCACCCACCGGACCGCCAUCCACCUCUUCGCGCGAGGUGUCUCAGGAGUCUGACCUCAACCUGGAGUCGUCCAGCUCUGAAGCUGGGUCUGGAGACUCGAACGCAAAUGUCUCAAUCUCGACAGCCACCACGAGCCCUUCCCCGGCACGAAGCUUUGGUUCAAACAGUACUUCGAACGGUGUUCCCGGAGCUGACCCCUUUGGGUAUCUCGAGCCCUCAAACAACUUUUCGCCUCCACCACCGGUCAUUCACUCUGCAGUUAAUCCGCAUGCCAGAGCCUGGGCUGGAGGCGCAAGCUCAAUUUUUGAAAGCGUGUUGGGUCCGUUCGGGCAAAUGACAAUGCCUGUACAGUUGGAACCCAUUCAUCCACACGCUUUCGUGACUUUUGGCGCGGGCAUGAGACAGAAGGAGAUCGACACAUUCACCGCUCAAAACAAGCUUGAAUGUAGGUAUAUCACUGGAACUGGGGAUGGUAUUCCUUAUCAUGUUCCUUUCUCAGCACACCCCGUCGGCUCGUCAAUCAUGCUUCUCGGUGGUUUCGGGUUUUUGAGUCGACUCCAUGGACUGAGCAUCGACAAUCUCGUUGAAGUCGAAAUGGUUCUCGCCGACGGCCGGAUUGUGAUCGUCAACGAGAAAGAAUUGCCUGGAAAGUCUUUAGUUUUUAGCACCCUUUUCGUGGAGCCUGAUUUUUCUAAAGAUCUAUGGUGGGCUCUCCGAGGCGCCGGCCCAGCUCUCGGAAUCGCGACUCGGUACAAGGCGAAGGCAUACCCUGUUCCGGUUGUCUUUGCGGGAAAUCUCAUUUAUCGAUUCAACAAAGCUACUGCUCCUUCUCUUAUCAAGCAUUUCCGUGAUUGCGUCAAGGGCGCUCCGAAUGAGCUGUACGCGAACGUUCUCUUGACUGCCGGCCCGGCGGGCAAAGAUUCCCUGAUGGUCGUUCAGAUGUGCUACGUCGGGCCUAAAGAAAAAGGUCAAGAGUAUUUGGCUGCGAUAUCUUCUUGGGACGGGGAACGUUGCCUUCUCAAUGAAGUCGACGAGAAGAGCUUUUUGCACCAACAAGACAGCGUUGCUCAAGUUUUGCGUGGAAAAGCUGGGCGACAGUGGUUCAUACGCUCUGCUCUGGUGUCCUCCCUUCCUGAUGACAUAAUAAAUGAUACCGUCAUCCAAUUCGCUGGUACCCCAGUUGGUUGCACUUGGCUUUUUGAGCUCGCUGCAGGAUCUAUUCCUGAUCACGAAGAUACUUGCGUUCCCAAAUCCCAACGGGAAGCAUCAUUCACGAUCGCUGCGCUCCACCAGUGGGAAAUGGACAUCGACGACGACCGUUGCAUCGACUCGGCGGAGGAGUGGAUCUCUGGCACCCUCAAAUCCAUCCAGCUUGGCGGACCUCUUCCUAGCUUCCUCGGUCGUCAUGAGCCUGCUGAAAGAACCAAGGCUUCCUUCGGAGACAACUGGGAACGCCUCUGCGAGAUCAAGAAGCUCUACGAUCCUCAUAACCUGUUCAGAAACACGUUCUGGCCUCUCAAUGCUGAAGGCGACACGGUCGAGGCUCGCGAUCAUGAACCCCCUACCCCCGAAUUUAUUGGUGCCCGUUUCGUUCCUAAUGAAAAUAAUUGAGGACUGCUUUCGUCAUUCCCUGAUUUGAGAUAUUUACUAACAUCGCAAUCGACUCCUGAAGGCUGAAGCUGAAACCAUUUGCAAUCCGGCGAGAUUCUCUUUCUUGCCAUGUCAUUUAUCGAAGGGGUCCGGGACCUACAUAUUUCAUUGUAUCAAUGUCUAUAUACACGUCAUGCGCAUUUGUACAACAUAUUUUUGGGACAUAUUGCUAUACAAGUUUGGUUUGAAGAGAAAGGAAAGAUAGGUUACUAAUGUAAGGAGAGUGAUGGAUACAAAGGUCAGAGAAAGCAUAAUACAACGCAAAAAUAAGUACAACAACAACAGAUAGCCGUUAGGUUAGUUAUUAGGCCCAGAAAAUGAAAAGCGAGAGAGUGAGAAGAAAUGACAUCCAACCAUCAAUCAGAUAAGCUAAGAGGUUCCAAGAAACUAGCCAGCGCCCAACCCACAUUCGCGCGCUCAUCUCGACACAAAAGCAAACAAUCUUCCCCGUCAUCCACAUACAACGGCAACUUGGGGUGAAUGCUCGGGUGUCCAGCCUCCUGCAGCACUUCAUACAAAUCGCCCUCCACCAGCGUGAAGAACGGAAAGCUAAAGUACGAUACAGCCGCUGGCGGUUUACACGGAUGAAUCACCCGGCAGACGUAUUUCGCGCGCUUGU